AUGAGUGAUACUAACAGGUAUGACGAAGGUGCAGGUGACAAUUUAUUAGCAACACCACCUGUGGGCCCGCGGAAUGCUUGGGCGGACAUUACUACCACAGUUUUAAAGACAGUCAUUAGGGUCAACAACUAUUGCGAGGCAAGGGAAAGUGAUGGCUUUCCUGUUCGAUGCAGAUUAGGCCCUGCUUUCCCAGGUGAGCUGUCUGAAGAAACGCUUGCAGAGGCCUCCACAGCAGAGGUCCACGCAAGGUCAGCCUGGCGAGCCCCUGACGAUGGAGCUGCUCACGCAUUCCAAGAGAGCCCCAGUUGCUGCAGAGAAGCAUCUGCAGAGCCCAAAAGAGGUGGCAGGAAGCUAAGAGUGGCAGGAGUGGGCAGGGGCUGGGUGGGCACCACGGCCAGGGUCACCGCCACAGAGGCACUGAAGUGUAAGAUCCAGGCUCUGCAGCAGGAAGGCCAGGAUACCCAGGAGGGGGCCAAGCGCCCUCUCUGCUCUCAGGCGAGGGGGGGACGUCGAGCCUGGGAGCAGGCAGAGGCUGAGGUGGCCUCCUUGAACCCCAGGAUCCAGCAGGUGGAAGAGGAGCUGGACGGUGCCCAGGAGGAGCGCCUGGCCACUGCCCUGCAAAAGCCAGAGGAAGCUGAAAAAGCCGCUGAUGGGAGUGAGAGAGGAAUGAAAGUUAUGGAACACCAAGCAAAAAAAGAUGAAGUAAAGACAGAACUCCAGGAAAUCCAACUCGGAGAAGCAAAGUGCAUUGCAGAAGAGGCAGUGGGAAGUAUGAAGGAGUGGCUGGGGAUUACAGAGGGGGACUUGGAGGGCAGAGAGGAGCAAGCCACCGCAGAGUCCCUGUGCCUGGAGACAGAGGAGCCAACCAGACCGACAGACCUGAACGUGAAGUGCCUGAGUACUGCUGAAGAAAAGGACUCUCAGAGGGAAGACAAAUGCAGGGACGGGGUAAGGCUCCUUGCGGAUACAGUCCAGGAGGCAGAGCCCCGUGCCGAGUUUGCGGAGAGGUCGGUGGCCAAGCUGGAGAAGACAACUAAUGACUUGCAAGAUCAGCUGAGAGGCACCAAAGGGGAGCACGUCUGUACCAAGAGGCUGGCUCGACUCUGCCUGACCUGAAUGAGGGGUACAGCACCCCAGGCCCAUGCUGCCUCUGCUCCUCCCUCUGACCUCCACUCUGCCUUUCCCUCACCAGACAGAAGUUGGCCUUGGAACUGAGGGCUGACCUUCCACUGGAAGGCUGCUUUCUCUCUUUGCCACCUC